AUGUCAGGUCUUUUCAAUCGAUUAAAAAGUCGAAAAUCUGUAUCUCAUCAUACGAAUAAUAAUGAGAAUGAAUCAACAACAUCAGCACCUGCGUUUGAUGAAGAAGGUUUUCUUUGUCCAAUUUGUCAUCAUAAAUUUAAUGAUCAUAUAAGUCUUGAACAACAUUAUACACAAACUCAUGCACAAGGACUUAUAGAGGAAUCUAAUAGAGACAUUGCUAUAUUGAAACAACAGUUUAUUGUAUCAGAAGAAAGUCGAGUUAUAUUGAGUACCGAAUUAAUGCAACAAAAACAACGUGCUGAUGAUCUUGAAGAAGAACUUCAAUUAUUACAAAAACAUUUAAAAGCAACGCAAACAAAAGUAGCUGAACAAUCUCAAGAAAUUGCUAAUUUAAAAGCAACAAAAGAUAUCUAUGAUGCUCAAUUUGCUAAUUUUACAGAUGAACUUCUUAAUACACAAGCUCAAUUAAAAGAAAAAGAUCAUCAAGUAGCAACUCUAUGUGAUGAUCUUAUUCCAAGAUCGACAAAUGAUGAUGUUGAUGUACUUAAACGUGAACUUAUUAUAGUUCAACAACGUAUGGAUGAAAUAUCAUUAGAAAAAGAACAAGAAAUUGAAAAAUUACGUUUUGCUUUAAUGGAAAAUUAUCAAUAUACAGAAAAAUUAAAUCAAUUAGAAAAUAUAUUUAAUCAAAAUUUAUUAAUCUAUAAUGAAAUGAUCAGUGAAAAUACAUCUCAAAUUGAAAUUGGAAUUAAUGAAAUAAAACAAUUUAUUAAAUUAACUCGCGAACGAAAAGAAAAAUUUGAGAUAGCCAUAAAAUAUAUGCGUAAUUGUCUUACAGAGAAUCAAACUCAAAUUGAACAACUUCAACAAACAAAUAUUCAAUUAAAUAAUGAACUUGAACAACGAAAACAAUUCAAUGAUAAAUUAAGUAAUGAUUUACAAAUUGAACAAAAACAAACAAAUUCUUAUCGAAAUCAAAUUGAAUCAUUAACUAAUGAAAUUCAUGAAUUAGAAAAAACAUUAAAUGAAUUACAAAAUGAAAAAAAUCAAUUAAUUCAAACUAAAUUUGAUGGUGAUGAAAAUGAUGAAAGACAAAAUUUUGUUCGACAAAUAACACAAGAAAAAAAUCAAUAUGAACAACAAAUAAAAGAAUUUCGAAUACAAAUAAAACAAAUAAAUAAUGAACGACAACAAAUUCAAGAUGAAUUCGAUCAUGUUUCCAAACAAUAUUCACAAAUAACAUAUGAAAAAAAUCAAUUAGAAAAUGAUCAAACACGACUUAAUCAUGAAAUUGAUUUACUUAGAAAACAACUAGACGAUAAUAAUAAAGAUAAAGAACAACAAAUAAACGAAUUAAAACAUGAAUUGUCAACUGUACGUAAACAAUAUACGAAUAUAGAAGCAAAUUUUCAAAAAGCGAAUGAAUAUAAUAAUAAUCAAAAACAAGAAAUCGAACGAUUGAAAAAUGAUUUAACAGAACAAAAUCAUCGAUUAGAACAUGAGAAAAAUGAAUUAAAACAAACGAUUAAUCAAUAUGAACUAAUAAGUACUGAAAUUGAACUACAAUUAACUACGAUUCAAAACGAAAAAAAUAAUAUUGAACAACAAUUACAAACGCAACAACAAGUAAUUGAACAAUUAAAUAUGAAACUAGAUCAAAAGGAUGAUUAUAUUAAACGUUUAUCGGCGGGUAUUCAUCGUGCACAUAAAAUUUAUCAAAAUCUUCAACAAAAUAUUCAUGCUAAUCAAAUGAAUCUAUUGACUAUUAUUGAACAGGCUGAACAAGAGUCUCACACAAUUCGUGCACAAACACUAGAACAAAUUCGUGAAGAAUUUACUAAUUAUUUAACUAUUGUUCAUACAAUAAUUACUGAUAGUAAGACCAAAUUAGAAAAACAAACUGAAAUAGAUAAUUUGAAAUUACUCGAACAACAACAACAAACAGAAAAACAAUUGAAUACAGUCAAACAUGAAUAUGAUAAAUUAAUGAAAGAAUAUCAGGAACAAAAACAAAAUUUUGAAGUACAAUUAGGCGAACUUAAUCAUAAAUUAUUACAAGUUUCAGAAUCAUCAUCUAAUGCUACUCAAAGCCUAGAUCUUCAACGAGAAAAAUAUGAAAAACAAAUUAAUUCAUUAGAAUAUGAACUUGAAUCACGAACUAAAAAACAUGAAAUGCAACUAUCUGCAUUAACAGAAAAUUUAGCUACUGUACGAAGUGAACUUCGAACAACUAAUGAAAAAUUAUCAAAUGUUGAACAAAUUAAAUCAGAAAAGACUGAUAUUGAAGCACGUUUAAUUGUAAGUCAAGAUGAACGUCGUGUUUUAUUAGAACGAUCAUUAGCAAAUGAAAAUAAAUAUGAAAAACUUAUAUUUGAAAAUAAUCAAUUAACAAAGAAAAAUAUUGAAUUGGAAUCAGCUUUACAAGAAAUAGCUCGAGAAUAUCAAGUUCUUCAAAUUCAAACAAAUACAUUAAAUCAACGUCGUUGGUUAAAUGAUGAUGAUGUUCAUGCAUGUAGGAAAUGUGAUCAAAUAUUUACAGUUACACAACGUAAACAUCAUUGUCGAAAUUGUGGAAAUAUAUUUUGUGAUAAUUGUUCAUCAAAAACAGCUGUUGUUGCAGCAUCAUCAAAAAAACCACAACGAGUUUGUGAUCAAUGUUAUAAAGACUUGACUUCAUAA